ACCUAGGAAACGAGCGUGUCCACAUGAAGAAUGCCUCAUAAAUUUGGCAAGCAGGUCGACACACUCUUCCGUUGGUAGUUGAACAGCAAUUGAUACUCGAAACUACUCGCCAUUAAGUCACGGCUUAUCAUCAACAGCUUUCUUCCAAUAAAUACUCCGCAGGACAGGACAGCCUCUCAACGAAACAUCCGCAUUACGACUUGGGAGUGAAGGCCUUCAGAUCAAAGGCGGGGAGGUCCCUCUCAACCGAAACCUAACAACGUGAGCCAAGCGGGGAUUGCCUUCCUUGGCCUCCUCCCUCGUAUUAUAAAAGCGUUGGCUGCUGCACCUGGCACGAGCACAAACAAAGAGAGGAGGAGAGAUCGUUUCCACAUUCUCUCAACCCCCGAGCUCUGAUGGAGGAACGUCCUAGAGGGAGAGAUAUGGACAGCAUUGAGAUUCUGGACAACGAGAGACUCACGGCGGAGAUGGCCUUCGACAAGGACUCCUCCUCCGCCGUCAUCAAAAUCCGACGGAGCUUGCCGGACUUCCUCCAGUCCGUGAAGCUCAAGUACGUCAAGCUAGGAUAUGGCUACUCCUGCGACCUCGCCCCCGUACUUAAGUUCGUCCUCCUCCUCCCUCUCGUCCUGGCCAUCGUCAUUCAUCUCACCGGCCUGGACCAGGCCCACCUCUCCGAGGUGUGGAGAAGCCCGGCUGCCGUGCUGGACAGCAUCGACGCGUCCAUGGCGAGAGCCUGCUCCGGGCUCUUCUUGCUGCUCCUCGUGCUGUACGUGUCGAAGCGUACCAGGCCGGUGUAUCUGGUGGACUUCGCGUGUUACCUACCGGAGGACGAGCGGAAAAUGUCCGUGGAGUCGUUCCUGCAGAUGAGCGAGGAAAGCGGGGCGUUCGAGGAGGACACGCUCCAGUUCCAGAGGCGGAUCUCGAGCAGGUCCGGCCUAGGGGACGAAACUUACUUCCCUAGAGGGAUCACGUCUAAACCCCCGAACCUGUGCAUGGAGGAGGCGCGGUUGGAGGCGGAGGCCGUCAUGUUCGGGGCAGUGGACGCGCUGUUGAAAAAGACGGGGGUGAAGACGGAGGACGUGGGGAUACUGGUGGUGAACUGCAGCUUGUUCAACCCAACGCCGUCGCUGUCGGCCAUGAUCGUGAACCACUACAAGCUGAGGACGGACAUAAAGAGCUACAACCUAGGGGGGAUGGGAUGUAGCGCCGGCCUCAUAUCCAUAGACCUGGCCCAGAACCUGCUGAAAGCCAACCCGAACACCUACGCGCUAGUGGUGAGCACCGAGAACAUCACCCUCAACUGGUACUUCGGCAACGACAAGUCGAUGCUGCUGUGCAACUGCAUAUUCCGCAUGGGUUGCGCCGCCGUGCUCCUCUCCAACAGGGGCCGGGACCGGGGGCGCUCCAAGUACCAGCUGGUGCACACGGUGCGGACCCACCGCGGGGCGGACGACCGGAACUACCGGUGCGUGUACCAGAAGGAGGACGGGCAAGGGACGGUGGGGGUGUCGCUGGCCAAGGAGCUGAUGACGGUGGCAGGGGAGGCCCUCAAGAUCAACAUAACAACGCUGGGGCCGCUGGUGCUGCCGUGGACGGAGCAGUUCAAGUUCUUCGUGACGCUGGUGAGGAGGAAGGUGAUGGGGGCCAAGGUGAAGCCCUACAUCCCGGACUUCAAGCUGGCCUUCGAGCACUUCUGCAUCCACGCGGGCGGGAGGGCGGUGCUAGACGAGAUACAGAAGAACAUGCAGCUCAGCGACCGCCACAUGGAGCCGUCCCGGAUGACGCUCCACCGCUUCGGCAACACGUCCAGCAGCUCCCUCUGGUACGAGCUGGCCUACGCCGAGGCCAAGGGCCGGGUCCGGAGCGGGGACAGGGUCUGGCAGAUCGCCUUCGGGUCCGGUUUCAAGUGCAACAGUGCCGUCUGGAAGGCGUUGAGGGGCACCUCCGCCAGCGAUUGCGGACCCAACAAUCCCUGGCUCCACUGCAUACAUAGGUACCCUGUGCCUGUGCCCACGGGCUCCGCCACUGAAACGACAAAAAGUGUAGCCAGAUCCCACACGUCCUCCUGAUCCAUUCUCAAAAGCGUCAAAACACUAGCCGUGCAUUUCAGACUCAAUUAGGUGGGGGACCAGGACCUACUCUCUCCCUCUAUCUGCAUCUAUUAUUACCAAAUGUUGUAUUCAUUCAAAAAAGAGAAAAAAAAAAAAAGCCUGGUGAACGUACGAUUGGGUUAGUGAUUUUCCAAAAGCAGGGGCGAGAUUUGAUUAUAUCGCGUCAAUGGAUUGGAAAACAAAUAGGGACGAACAUAUGGCCAUCCGUGUUAGGAGGACGACUGAGAAUGGAAGUCAUCAUGAAAAGAAACGAUAUUUCCGUCGUUCAAUCUCUCUGUUUUUCGUACUUAAAUUUGCCUCUACCUCCGGCAAAGUUGAGAAUCUCUCGUGACUACGAAAGAUCUUGUCCGUGAAUCUGUCAUUUUCGAUUUCAUCUGUCAUCCUUCCUCUCAUGUGCCUUACCCAGCCAUGCGGCGAAAAUCUUGCCUUUAGUCUCGAUUUUCAUUCUGAUGGUGAAAUGGCUGGUGUAAACAGUUCUAAGAAUUUGAUUCUGUCUCACGUGAAUCCGGGGACACGACAGUUUUUUAACUUUUGUGGCCUCAACCAUGUACGACGGGUUAGCAUCGCUCCUCUUCAUAGAAUGGACUAAAUCUUAGAUAAGAACUUGACUGAAAUUGUACUAUGGAGUGAUUAUAUAGACUUUCGCCUCCCGAACGGACUGAAACAUACUAUUCGAAUUUCAAAGGAAUGCCAUAAAUAUCCGGGUGAUGUUAAAUGGCCUCGAAUACCAUUGGUUAAAGCAGUGGGCUUCCAGGAAAGCUAUGCGCAUCUCAACUAGGGAUGGUAAAUGGAUUUGGAAGGACAGAAUUUUGAGAGGGGCCCCCAGAAUGAGAUAUUUGAUUUGGGGGGCCAAUUCUCACAAGACUAACCACAACCACACGACGCCUGCUUUGGGAUUCUGCAUAUAUAAAUAUGUUGGGGGUCAGCUGAGAGACGUGGAAUCGGAAUUGCGAGGAAGAUGAAAUGUGGGGCGUGCCUGACUCCGCCACUGCGGGUGGUCCUCCCCACACCACCAGCUGCUGCUGUUUCAGCCUCUCGUUUAGGCAGCGGCACCACCACACUAGCCAUCUCCGCCAACCACUCUGAUCGAGCUGGCGGCGAUGAUGUAGAGGGGAUGAGCGGGUCAGUCGUGCUCCGGGCCCUCGAGAAAGCAACCGCCCAUAAGAUGAGUAAGAAGAAGAAGAAGAUGAAGAAGAUGGAGAAGGAGAAGACGAACCAGUUAGGAGGAGUGGCAUCUCCGGCCGAGAGAUUGGAAGACGUGAAGCCCCUGCGCAUCGACUCUGGCUGGGCGGCACGCUUGGACAAGCUCGAGGAGCGGCUCAACCAUCUCUCUCGCCUCCUCUGACUGACUGCACAGAUGAAAUAUGGAUGCAAAACGCAGUCUGUAACAUCCCAACGUUUGGACAAUAUAGAAAGACGGGUUAGCAUCUUCCGAUGCGGAGGCUCUCUUCGCAUUCCCAACCUACUAUGUUUAUGCAACCUUUUGUUUCCACGUAA